GUUAAUUAAGGCAAGCAGCUAAUUAAAUUAACAAUGAGUAUUUUGCAGAAUGCACAGCGCGCUUUCUUUACAAAUGAAUCGAUUAAGUUUGUGAGGACUGCUUCUGGCCAGGCACGGCUUUUAGCCAAUGUAGUCGAUGGUGUUGUCCUGGAGGCGAAGCCCUAUAAGGACAUCCCACGUCCCAGUAAACUGGAGUUUGCCAGGGCAUUUAUGCCGGGUGGCGAAUUCCACGAUGCCUCAGUCUUCGAUUAUGCAGCAGCGAUGAGGAGUCGUUAUGGUGACAUCUUCAUAAUGCCCGGCAUGUUUGGCCGCAAGGACUGGGUCACCACUUUCAGUACAAAGGACAUCGAGACUGUGUUCCGCAACGAGGGAAAUUGGCCGGAAAGGGAGUUCUUUCCCUCGAUCACAUAUUUCCGCACUCAUUUAAGACCAGAUGUGUAUGGAGAAAGUGUGGGUCUGAUAUCCGCGCAAGCAGCGUCGUGGGGCAAGUUGCGAUCAGCCGUCAAUCCAAUUUUCAUGCAACCCAAGGGCUUGAAAGCCUAUUACGAACCGCUUUCCAACAUAAACAACGACUUCAUUGAGCGAAUUAAGGAAAUUCGAGAUGCUAGAACUCUGGAAGUGCCAGAUGACUUCAUGGAGGAAAUAAACCGGCUGGUCUUCGAUUCCCUUGGCUUGGUGGCCUUUGAUCGCCCAAUGGGCUUGAUCCGUCGCAAUCGAGACAAUCCAGAUGCCCUAACUAUGUUCCGGUACACGAAGCAGGUGUUUAGAUAUGUCUUUGAGCUGGAUGUGAAGCCGUCCAUGUGGAGAGUAGUCUCCACUCCAACUUAUAGGAAGAUGAUGCGUCUUCUCGAUGACAGCCUAUUACUGUCGCAGAAAAUGAUAAAGGACACCGAAGACUCCCUGGAAAAGCGGCGCCAGGCUGGCGAACAGGUAAAUAGGAACAGCAUGCUGCAGCGGAUGAUGGAGGUGGAUCCAAAAAUGGCGGUGAUUAUGAGCUUGGACGUCUUGUUCGCCGGUGUGGAUGCCACGUCCAAUCUGCUGUCAGCUGUGCUCCUUUGCCUGGCUAAGAAUCCCGACAAGCAGGCGAAACUGAGAGAGGAACUCCUGAAGAUUAUGCCCACCAAGGACACCCUUCUCAAUGAUGAGACCAUGAAGGAUAUGCCCUAUUUGCGCGCAGUGAUCAAGGAGGCUCUGCGUUGCUAUCCCAAUGGAUUUGGAACCCUACGCACUUGUCCCACUGACAUCACCCUCUCUGGAUACCAAGUGCCCAAGGGCAGCGAAGUAGCUCUGGGCUUCAAUGUCCUUUUACAUGACCAUGCGUAUUAUCCACAAGCUGAUAAGUUCCUGCCAGAACGCUGGCUACGAGAUCCGCAGACAGGCAAGAAGACCCCCAUCAGUGCAUUCAGCUAUCUGCCCUUCGGUUUUGGCCCUCGCAUGUGCAUUGGCAAGCGAUUGGUGGACUUGGAAAUCGAGACGAGCAUUGCCAAGUUGAUAAGGAACUUCCAGGUGGAGUUCAACUACGACGCCAGUCGACCCUAUAAGACUUUUGUUUUUAUGGAGCCUGCCAUUCCAUUCAAGUUCAAGUUCACUGAUGUCGAUCAAUAACUUGCUCUGAAAGCCUCAUACACUUAUUACAUAUAAGCUAAAUAAAACAAAGAAAAUAAAAU